AUGUACUCUGAAAUACCGACGUCGAGCAUCGUAGCGACCACUUUGCGCACUGGAUUGCGCCACCUCAAGACUGCUUGGCUUUUCACGAAAUCCGACUUCAAGACAGUCAUCCUCCCAGUGAUGGUAUUCACAAACAUUGUAUCACCUCGUCAUAGCCCGCUAGCCCUGUCUCGCUCUCUGUCCUGGCUCUGGCUACAUCUCUUCCAAUGCAAUGUCUCCAACCAAUCGUACACUACACAUGAAGAUCUCCUGAACAAACCAUGGCGUCCUCUGCCGUCUGGCCGUAUUAGCGUCGAGAAUUCUCGUGCUUUGCGCUGGGGACUGAUGGUUUUCUGCUUGGGAUUUUCAUCUUUUUUCAGCUUCAAUGUGCUUGUGACCAGUGUGGUGUUCACGAUCCUUGUGAUCGUGCACGAUGAUUUUGGCCUCAGCCGCCAUCCCAUUUGCAAGAAUUUGUUGAACGUAGGAGCAUAUGUGUCUUUUGAACUCGGUUCUACAUUGGUUAUGUCGGACGAACCUUCGCUUGACAAAACGAGCAUGACAGCACUUUUGUGUAGCGCCCUUGUCAUACUUGUGACAAUUCAUGUGCAGGAUUUCCAGGACGUCGAUGGUGACCGCAUGAUAGGACGACGAACUCUGCCUAUUGUGGCGCCUGAGGGAUCUCGUAUCUAUGUUCUUUGCAUGCUUCCGUUGGUUUCUUUUGCGCUUGCCUCCUUUUGGAGUCUGGGACCCCUCUGCAGUGUUCUCUUCAUUUUGAUGGGCAUUGUGGUCGGAAUUCGGUGCUUUCUCGUCCGCGACGAAAUUGGUGACCGAUCAAACUACUGGAUGUACAAUAUAUGGCUCAUGGGUGCUCACCUCUUGCCAGCCAAUGCGCGUUUUUGUGUGUUGGCUUGGUGA